AUAUUAGUUCUAGUCAUGUAUCAGUCGUGUGCAGUGUUUCAAACGCUGCUUCUUACGCUAUGCCUUGGUUUCUCGCUCAAAACUGGUCAAUGCCUCAAGCAAAAAUACUUUGUAAAGAGUUCUGUCUGCGAAAUACCCUACAUUAAUCCAUUUGCCGCCGAUACCAUGAAGGACUUUCAAAAGCGUACGUACAGGGAGUGCCACAAUGACAGUGAUCUGGUGACGAGUGAAUUUGACUUUAAGUUGAACCAAUAUCGCCUUCAUUUACACAAGAAUUUGGCUAGGCGUAUGCUAAAUGGAUCAAUGGGUAAUGCUACACUGGAAUGCAAAUAUCAAAAGAUUAGCAGGGAUCGAAUUAAUGAGAAACCCGACAAUAGCUACAGUGAGUUUAAGAGCCGUCCUCUACCAGAUUAUCUCUUGGUGCCCAAGCACACAGACUUCAUGAUCACCAAAUGCUAUGUAAAAGACCAGAAAAAGCAGCUGAAGCUGUUGCAAACCGAUGGCCUGACAUUCAUUGAAGAACAUCUGCAGCAGGAGGAUCAAAAGAAGGCCUAUGCCCAACAGCAACGGCAGAACCCCAAGCCGAGUGUCUUAAUGCUGGGUCUGGACUCCACUUCACGCAUGAAUCUGCGUCGAGCCAUGCCCCUGGUCUAUAAAUAUGUGAGUCAACCGGGAUGGUUUGAGUUGCAGGGCUACAACAAGGUGGGCGACAACACAUUUCCCAAUCUGUUGGCUGUUCUGUCGGGACACUCUCCCAAUACUCUGGCGAAGAUGUGCAACGUGUCGAAGAUUGGCUGCCUGGACCGUGUGCCCUUCAUUUGGAAGAGAUUCAAGAGGUCAAACUACACGACAGCCUUUGCCGAGGACUGCAAGGGGAUCAACACAUUCAACUACCUCCUGCCGGGAUUUCAAGUUCAACCAGUGGACUAUUAUCUGCGUCCCUUUCUGGUGGCCAUUGAGUCAAAGUUUCCGGUGACCAAAAACUUUGGUUUUCCCUUCUGUGUGGGUCGCCGUUUAAGCUUCGAUUAUGUGUGGGACUUUGGCAGGCAGUUUGUCGAUCGAUUCGUAAAGAAUCGCAACAUAUUUGGCUUCCUGUGGAGCAACAGCUUCACCCAUGACUACUACACAGCGACCACCGCCUUGGAACAGCUCUUUCUAAAGCAUUUGCAUUCGUUCGAGGCGUCGGGACUGUUUGAGCAUUCAAUUGUGAUCCUAAUGAGUGAUCAUGGCCAUCGCUAUAAUACCCUGAGGCAAUCUGCGUCCGGAUACUAUGAGGAACGAUUGCCCAUGAUGUUUAUCUAUGUGCCGCCCUGGUUCCGCCAGCAGUAUCCCCAUUUGGUGGAUAAUCUGAGGAGGAAUCGCAAUCGUUUGUCCUCCAGCUACGAUUUACACAUGACUCUCCAGCAUCUGCUGCAACUGGAGAGCACUUCCCUGGCGGAUUUCUCCAUGAAACACAGAUCGGUAGCGUGUCCAAGCUGUCAGUCGCUUCUCUUCGAAUUACCCGUCAAUCGGGCCUGCCAGCAGGCGGGCAUUGAUGAGAAAUGGUGCUGCUGCCAUGCCACCAAGACGCUCAAGAAAAACGGCUUCGUACGGACCCUUGCCUUGGCCGUGGUCCGGCGAAUGAACGACCAUCUGGUGAAGCGAAAUUUCAGUCACAUAUGCCACAACUUUACCCUGACGCAUGUGCACAAAAUAGUACGCAGGCUGGAACAACCUGCAGAUGACAACAGCUUGGAAGAGGACGAGACUGUCUACAUCUUGCAGUUCUGGACAUUCCCCAAUCAGCCGCGCUUUGAGGCCACAGUUCGAUGGAACCAUCGCAAACAUAAACUCCACAUGGAUGUGGAAGAUCUGAGCAGAUUGAAUUCCUAUAACGGAGAUUCCAACUGCAUAAAUGACAAGAUUGCAAAGAAAUAUUGCAUAUGCAAGGAUAGCAUUAGAACGAUAAAAAGGACUCCCAAAGGAACAACAAAGCCAACAACACCAAGAAAAAUAGUCGAACAAUAUGGAUAUUUUUCUGGGCUAAAAUAAACUUUAAAGCAACAG